UAGAAACUAGGACAUGGAAGCCGUUUCUGAAUAAUAACCUCUUCCUGUUUUUGGCCUUGUUUUUCUUCCAGAUUUUUCUGUUUUGUACAUACAUUGUUUUGUAUAUACUGUAUAUGAUGACCUCGGUGGGCGUCGAACGAGCCCGGGGCACUCGGGACAAAACGCUGCCCACUACCACACAGACCACACAACCACAGAAACAGCUUCAGGCUACAGCCGAACAGAUUCGUCUGGCCCAGAUGAUCUAUGACAAGAAUGAUGCAGAUUUUGAGGAUAAAGUGAAACAGCUCAUGGAGGUUACAGGAAAGAACCAAGACGAUUGCAUGGUUGCUCUUCACGACUGCAACGAGGAUGUCAACAGAGCCAUCAACUUCCUGCUUGAGGGAACUUCUGAUGCGACUUCUUGGGAAACCGUGGGGAAAAAGAAAAGUCUUGGAAAGGAUGCCACCUCCACAGAUGGUAAGGAAAACAAGGAGAACCGGGAGAAGAAAGAGAGGGAAAGCAGCAAGGGUCGUGGAGGAGCGAGUCGUCGUGGCAGAGGGACCAGUCGCAACCGGCCAGCGAGGACUGAGGAGAAUGGUGUGGACCCUGCUCCUGUUGAGAGAGGUGCUGACCGUGGCCGCAGGGGAAGAGGAAGAGUGUCUGGAGGUAGAGGCAGAGGUCGGGCUCCGAUUACCAGCAGGUUUACAGCACAAGGGAUGGGAACCUUUAACCCUGCAGACUACACCACAGAUAGCAGGACAUCAAAUUCACACACCGAUGUCUGGGAGACGGGGGCCAAUGACACUGCAGAUGGGACAGUGGCAUGGCAGAACACUUUGGACGAGUGGGCAGCUGAAGACUGGAGUGAAGAUGUGAGUGUGAGUCAUGCGCUAUAAUUAACCUCAUGUGCAUUAUGGGAAUUACAGAACUUGAAAUGAAUAAGCCUGAAAAGACACGGUAUAUGUGUUGUC